AUGCUUAUCGCUGAAAAAGCUACAAGAAUCGUUGGUGGGCAUAUUAUCAUUUCUGCAUUUUUAGGAAUAUUAAUCAAUCUUUUCAUGUUUUUCAAGUUUCUAUCAUAUGAGAAAACUAGUUUCUAUAUAUUAUGUACUUCGAAAACAUUGUCUAACUUUAUCUUAUUGACUGUUUACUUUCUUUAUAUUGGACCAACAGAACUUCUUUAUACUCAAAUUGGUUCAAUGAAUUUGAACACUUAUUUGAAUCAAACUAUGGGAUUAGGAAUGUAUCUACAAGGUCCUAUCACUCAGAUGAUAAUAACUAUUAACCGAUUUCUAGUGAUCUGGUUUACUCCGACUCAUGUUCCUCAGUAUAGUCAUCGAAUUACUUUAGGAGCUUUAUCUGUUUCAUGGAUAACUGUAACUUGGCUAUCUACUUUGAUCGGUUUACCAGGUUUCGAUAAUAACAAUAAUUUUGAUAUUAUUAUAAAUUUAGCGAAUUGUAGAGUUCCAAUUGGAUUCGAACAUAUCGGAUAUUAUUCAACUCCGUGCAAUAAUCAAAUAACAAUUAUAGUUGUAUCCGGUAUAUUUCUGAUUGGAUUUCUCACAAACUUUAUGAAUUUUAUGAUUGGUGGAAAGUUAAUAUAUACUUGGAAACGAACGCGCGGAAAUCUGUCAUCUGAAGCAAACCAGCUCCGUAGAAGAACAUCCAUCCGAUUUUUUGUCCAAUCUGUAAUUCAAGACUAUGUAUGCUCAAUGGAUGUAGUUAACAACAUGGUUUCUCAUUUUUACUGUUCUGGAGAUCGGCUUUGUAUCACAUUAUCACUUUUCAGUUUUGGUGUGCUAAUUUAUGGAAUCGAUGGACUGGUUAUGUACAUAUUCAACUAUAAGUCUUUUGGAAGUAGUGUGGCUAGCCGAGAACCAACAAAUGAAUCCAUGAGAACAAUAAUUCAAGUCUCCCCAGCUUCAAUCCCGUAA